AUGACUCCAAAACAUCCUAUAAUGAAUACUUAUAAUUUUGUAAGUACUUCUGACAAACAAACGCCAUUGGAUAGUUCUCAUUUUCGCUUAAUUAUCAGACAACAGCCGAAACAAGCCCGUUUAUGUAAUUCAAAAGAACGAGAUCGAAGACCAAUCGAUCCUCCUCCGAUCAUUCAACUUAAAGUAGAUGAAUGUUAUGAUGAAUCACAUAACUAUCUUCAAAGUCCAUAUUUUUUCAUGUGUGCAGAUUUGGUUCAUCCAACAAAUAAUAGCGAACAUUUCUCUAUAUCUUCAAAAUAUUUAGCUGGCACUGUUGUUUCAUCUCUUCAUAAGCUAAAAGACAUUAAUAAUACUGAUGGUGGUUUCUUUGUAUUUGGUGAUAUUUCUAUUCGUGUUGAAGGUCGUUAUCGUUUAAGAUUUAGUUUAUUCGAAGUAAUAAAAAAUGAAGUUAUUCAUUUACAAUCAAUAAUUUCAGAUAUUUUUACUAUAUAUUCUGCGAAGGCUUUUCCUGGUGCGUCUGAAUCGACAUUUCUAUCGAGAUCUUUUUCAGAUCAAGGCGUUCGUAUAAGAAUAAGAAAAGAGCAUAGAGGUCUAUCAAAAAGAAGCAAACCUGAGAUUAUACAGCCUACUGAAAAGUUAUCAUUAGAACCUUACUACUCUUCAUCGUCAUCAUCUUCCCACUAUACCACAUCUGAUUAUUUAAUCAAUAAUAACAAUUCCCCAAAUUAUUUGCAAAAUACUGGUUACACCUCUCCCAAUUCAUGGCAGAAAUCACGUGUUUUCGUUUCAAAUAAUCACGAUGAUUCUGGAUUUGACGAUCAAAUGUCAGUUCUUUCUUCUUCCACUUUUGAAUUUACUUCUUCUGCAACUUCUUCACAUAAUGAAUCAUUUUUCUCGAAUGAUCGUUUAAAACGUCCAAGAUUAUCAAAUCCCGAGAUUAUUGAUUCACAUGACAACAACAAUCACAGAUUAUCUUUUACUUUACCACCAUAUCUAUCCAGUUCGCAACACCAACACCACACUAAACUAGAUUAUAAUAUCACCAAAACUGACAUUAAUGAUAAUGAUAAUAAUACCGCUACUACUGCCACUGUUAAUAAUAAUAGACUUUCUUCCAUAGCUAGUCAAUUACCCACACCAAAAACUUCGACUGAUGUUGAUGGUACGCGCUCAAAUCAACUACUAUUAACUCCUUACUCGCCAAAUAUGGCUACUUCCAUCGAUAGUUAUAGAGAUGAUAACAUAAUUUCACUUUAA